AUGCGAGGACGAAUCGAAUCACGGCAGUCUGCAGAGAGGGUAGGGGGAAGGGGAACAGACACGCAUGACUGGUUCUCGACUCCUGCUGCAUUCCCCGUAGCUGCAACUAUGGUCGACGGGACGGCGGACCACAGCCGGCCCGAGCCUGAGGUUCGGCUGGAGCCUCGGACCGAGGCAGCGCCGGAGAAUGCGGUUCUCGAGGGCGCAGUGAACGGGGCGGGUGGAACAGACGGGGACGCGGGGAAGGGGGAGAAGGGGAAGGAGGCGGGGACGGCGGACGUACCCGUGCUUCAGGAUUGCGGCGGGGAGAGCAGCGACGAGGAGGGGGACGGGGACGCGGAGGGGAAGGCGGGAAAAGACUCCAAGGCCGCUGCCGAUGCUCCUGAUGCUGCUGGCGCUGCGGACGGUGCUGGUGCUGCUGAAGGUGGCGAUGGCGGCGAAAGCGACGGAACUCUCGCUGUGGUGCCGCCAGUCGUCGUGGUGGAAGAGCCUCCCAAGACCGCCCGCGGAAGCUACCGCGCGAUUGUGAUGGCGUUCGCGGUGCUGGGUUGGACGGCGUUCGGAGGCCCGUCCGCGCACAUCGCGCAGUUCCACAAGGACUUCGUCGAGCUGCGGGGGUGGAUGUCAGACGAUGUAUUCGCAGAGCUGCUAGCGCUCUGCCAGACGGUCCCAGGCCCAUCAUCCACGCAAAUGUCGUUCGCCAUCGGCAUCCUGCAGAAGGGCAUCUCGGGCGGGCUGCUCUCAGGGAUUCUCUUCCAGUACCCUGGUCUCAUCAUCAUGAGCCUUGCGGGCUUUGGCGCUGCUAAGUUCUUAGUCGACCCGGGCGUGUGUCUGACAGCCAUAUCAGCAGGGCUGGCAGCAGUAGCAGUGGCGUUGGUGGCGGAGGCAGCGGUGAUGCUGGGGAAGAAGGUGUGCAAGGACCGAGUGUCCAAGGUGCUCUGUGUGGCCGCGGCUGUCAUCACCUUCUACUACCAGACGCAGUGGCUCUUUCCCACCAUCAUCCUCGUCGGCGGGCUCAUCACAGUCAUUAUCGGGCACAACAAGCCCAUCCCUCCGGCCCGCAGCGACAUUGAGAAGCUGGGGUUGAGCUGGUGGGGUGGCGCGCUGCUGAUUUUCGUGUGGGCGGCGCUGCUGGUGACGUCCAUCGUGGUGAAGAACGCCGUGCCGUACGAGAACGCCCAGUGGAUGCACUGGUUCGAGGGCUUCUAUGUGACGGGGUCGGUGACGUACGGCGGAGGACAGGUGGUGCUGCCGCUGCUGGAGAACGUGGUGGUUCAUUAUGACUGCCCCAACAAUGGCAGCGCUUGCACAGAGUCGCCCAACACGUGGGUGACGCAGCAGCAGUUCAUGGCCGGUCUUGCCCUCGCACAGGCCAUGCCCGGGCCGCUCUUCAACUUCGCCGCAUACCUAGGAGCCAUUAUCGGCAAGUUCGGAGGCAUAGCGGCGUGCUGGCUGGGGCUCUUCUCGCCGGGCAUUCUGCUCAUCUACGGCAUUCUGCCCUUCUGGGGCCGCUUCCGCCAGUGGCACAUCUACAAGCGUGCCACACCAGGAUUCAACUCCACUGCAAUUGGUCUCAUCUGGGCGUCCGUGUUCACGCUGGGUCUACAGACGUACAGCCGCAGUCCCUUCCCCAUGGCCUCGCUCUGCAUUGCCAUGAUUGGCUACGCUGCCACCAACUUCCUCAAGAUCCCAGCACCUCUGGCGAUCAUUGGAGGAGGCGCACUGGGAGCGGUGGCAUGGGCAACCCACAUGCACUGA